GGCUGUUCUAGCUACAACUGUAGCUUGGGUUUCUUGGGGGACCAGUACAUUUUAUGGACUAUCCCAUGAUGGAUGAUUACGAGGAGAAGAAUAUAUCUAGACGACUGUGGAUAGAGAAUGAAGAGCCAAAUCACUUUUCUGGAGAUUCAGAUAAUGGCUCAACUGUUUCACUGAAGUUAACCCAAAGCAUUGCCAACAGUGUCUUUAUCAUCAUCUGCAUCUUUGGCUUCCUGGGGAAUGGAAUGGUCAUCCGGCUUCUGGGCUUCCACAUUAAGAGGAAUCCUUUCACCACCUACAUCCUGAACCUCUCCAUCGCUGACUUUGGUGUCCUUGCAGCUCUCCUGGCUAUUAUUUUGCCUGUUGUAACUUUCUAUGAGAAAUCUCAUGUUGCUGUUUUGAUUAGAAAAGUAUUAUAUGAACUAUUUUUCUUCACGUAUUCUGCGGGCCAGUUUCUACUGACCACCAUCAGCAUUGACAGGUCUGUGGCUGUCCUCUUCCCACUUUGGCAUCGAUGCCAUCGACCAGCACGUUUAUCCACCAUUAUCUGUGCCCUGAUAUGGACCCUCUCUUUCCUGCUCUCAGGCAUUCACCUUACUCUCCUACUGACUCAGAGCUUUCCAGACUCUAACUUAGUGUACCAGCUUAUUGUAAAUGCCCUCAUUUGCACUCCUCUGAUGGUCACCUCCACUCUGAUACUGGCCCUCAAAGUCUGUUGCAAAUCAGAGCAGAAUCAACGUGGGAAGCUGCUCACUACCAUUUUGCUUGCAUUACUUUUCUUCCUCAUCUUUGCUUUCCCACUAAAUGCCAUUUACACUGCCAUCUAUUUUAAUGAGAACAAUAUGAUUCUAAUGGAAGUUGGUUUUGUGUGUGCCUCUCUGAAUAGUAGUGUCAACCCGCUGAUCUAUUUCCUAGUUGGGAGGAGACAGAAAAAGGGCCAGUCCAGGGUCUCCAUGAAAGCUGCACUCCAGAGGAUUUUCAAGGAUGAGGAGGACUGUGUGGAACAGUCAGAGUCCAGAACUGAAAACUCAGUUUUGGAAGAGUUGAAGUCUGGAACAGAAAACUCAGUUACGAUGGCUCCCUUGAAGGCUUAAGACAAGAAAUGUCAACUUCUGUAUUACAGUGGUACCUCUGGUUAUGAACUUAAUUUGAUCUGGAGGUCCAUUCUUAAGCUGAAACCAUUCUUAUCCUGAGGCGCUCUUUCGCUAAUGGGGCCUCCCGCUGCAUGCACGCCUCCAGCGAGCGCUUUCCGUUCGCAUCCUGGGGCAAAGUUCACAACCAGGAGCAGCUACUUCUGGGUUUGCAGAGUUCGUAACCUGAAGCGUUCGUAACCAGAAGCGUUCGUAGCCAGAGGUACCACUGUAUCAUGAUCAACAUGAUGUCUAGACAAUAAUCUGUUGUCUGAAUGUCUUCUUGUAAUGUCUUUCUUUCUAUUGUCGAAAGCAGGAGUUUCACUUUAGGAGUUCUGUGUUUUAAUGUUUGCUUUGGAAAGAGCACUACUGUGAAGAUGGAGCUUGGAUGGAAAAUAUGUGUGAGCAUCGAUUUCUUCAACCCUAUAUUGUCCAAUGGGUUGGGCUUCUCUCUCUAUGAACAACUGUCAUAAUGUUUUUUGGAGUUACAGCCAACCCAGAAGCAACUUUAGUCCACAUUGCUUAAAACUGUGGAUCUAGUAGACUCAUUUUGAGUGGCAUGAUUCAAAUUGAUUAAUUUUUCAAUAUCCCCAAAGUUUGAGAGUCUGUAGCAUGAAUGUUAUAAAGAUAUGCUGAUCUGUUGUGGAACAACCCCAUUGAAGAAGAUAACAAUAGUUACUCGGACCUUAUUGCCAGUUGCAAAGGGGGUCCUGUAGCAAUUCGAGCUUCAGGGCCCCCAAAAUGUAGAUCCACCACUGAUAGCCACCACCAUACCUACAGCCCCUUGCUCAUGCUGACUGUGGUGGCAGCCACGGGGCACAUCAGGAACUGAUUUCUUCUGAUCUCUUCCAGGGAAGAGUUUUUUUUAUAUGGACAUUGAGUUGCCGGCUUCCUUGAAGUUAACCCUAAGCAUUGUCAACAGCAUCCCUAUCAUUAUCAGCAUAUUUGGCUUCCUGGGAAAUGGAAGAGUCAUCCACCUUCUGGGCUUCCACAUUGAGAAGAAUCCUUUCACCACCUGCAUUCUGAACCUCUCCAUAGAUGACUUUGGUGUCUUUACAGCUCUCCUCAGUAUUAUUUUGCCUGUUGUAAUUCUCUAUGGGGAAUUCUAUUCUGUUUAUGUGAAUAAAAUAUUAUUAUUUGAA